UUGUAUCAGUGGUUACUUAAAACGUGUUUUUUUUUAAAUUUAUUAUAAUCGGAUGGUGAAAUUAUUUCAACUUAAUUUAACAUUAGGAACCUCUUUGUACUUGUACAGAAUGUCGAAGACAAUAUUGGAUAGGAUAAUUUUCAACGCAAGGGAAGCAGAGACCACUAUAACGGAACUUACAAGUGAGAUUAAAUCACUCACUAAUGAAUAUAACAAAAUAAGAAUUGGUAAAUUACUCGAGGAAAAUGCGAAACUUGAAAAUGAAGUGGAAUUGGCAAAAAGGAAACUUAUAAAUUUGGAACAACGCAAUGGCAUUAACCAAGUAUCUCUUCCUAUUUCUAGAACUAGUAUAUCGUUGGAAGACAAGUCGAAUAUUCAGAAGGAUAACAAUAUUAACAUACAGUUAGUCAAGAAAAUUGAAAAUGUGCCCAUGGAACAAGAUACAAAAGCUGAAGGUUCCACAGAGAAAAAACCAAAAAAGGAAAAGAAACCAAAAGAAAAACAAACUCAAAUUGAAUUACCUAUCAACUUUGGACGUCUAGAUCUCAGAAUUGGUAAAAUAGAAAAUGUUGAGAGACAUCCAGAUGCAGACUCUCUCUAUGUUUUAAAAAUUAAUUGUGGAGAAGAAAAACCAAGAACAGUUUGUUCUGGCUUGGUCAAACAUGUUCCAUUGGAACAAUUAAAAGAUGCUAGUGUUGUUGUAUUGUGUAAUUUGAAACCAGUAAAGAUGCGAGGAGUAACAUCAGAGGCAAUGGUCAUGUGUGCUAGUUCUCCUGAGUCUGUUGAAGUAUUAAUUCCACCUUCAGGGGCAGUGCCUGGCGAUCCCGUUGAGUGUGAUGGGUAUAAUCGUAGUCCUGACCCUAUUAUGAACCCUAAAAAGAAGAUAUUUGAAACCGUGGCUCCUGAUUUACACACUAACGAUUUAUUGCAAGCAUGCUAUAAAAACACACCUUGGAAAAUUCCUGGUAAAGGAAAUAUUCUAGCUAAAUCUCUUAAAAAUACAAAUAUUAAGUAAUUUGCAGAUUACAUAGUACAUAAAAUAAAAUUUUACUUUCGA